UUUUAUUGUGUCAUCAACUGUCUGGGGUUCGUUGACGUUCCCAUCCAAGAUCCAAGAUCUCUGGGAUCGCAAGUAUCUUGUUAACCACAAAAACAUAUCUUUUAAUUAUGUUUACCCUGCAACCAACUCCGGCAGCUAUAGGAUCAGUGCCAUGGUCGGCAGGAGCACUAAUUGAACGAUUGCCAACCUUGGAUGAUAUGAAUCAUAAGGACAAUGUUCUUGCUAUGAGAAAUCUGCCCUGUUUGGGCGUCGCUGGUGGCAGCGGACUGGGCGGUAUUGGCGGAAAGGCUGCUGCAACUGCUGCGAUGGAAGCCGCCGCGGAUGCGACUACAGCACCACAGCCCCCACAUUCGACAUCUUCGUAUUUUACCACCACUUACUACCACUUAACAGAUGAUGAAUGUCACAGCGGGGUAAAUCAAUUGGGAGGAGUCUUUGUUGGAGGAAGACCAUUACCUGACUCGACUCGCCAGAAAAUCGUUGAGCUUGCUCACUCCGGAGCUCGACCAUGUGAUAUUUCUCGGAUCCUUCAAGUUUCCAACGGAUGCGUUAGUAAAAUUUUAGGCAGAUAUUACGAAACAGGAAGUAUUCGACCACGUGCGAUUGGAGGCUCUAAGCCACGAGUAGCCACCGCAGAAGUCGUUAGCAAAAUCUCGCAAUACAAACGGGAAUGCCCCAGCAUAUUUGCAUGGGAAAUUAGAGAUAGAUUAUUGCAGGAGAACGUGUGCACAAAUGACAACAUACCAAGUGUAUCGUCAAUAAACAGAGUACUGAGGAACUUAGCAGCACAAAAGGAGCAGCAAAAUACUGGAACAAGCAGCUCCAAUCCAAACCCAAACCCAAGCCAUGCAGCAGCUAGCGGCAAUGGCAGUAGCAAUAAUGGUAAUAGUAGUAGUAAUGGUAACAGCGUAAGUGGAGCGAGUGGGGUGGGACCGAGCUCCACAAACGAUCUGAUACAAACGGCGACACCUUUGAACUCAUCGGAGAGUGGAGGUGCCAGCAAUUCUGGCGAGGGCAGCGAGCAGGAGUCGAUUUAUGAGAAGAUACGCAUGCUGAACACUCAACAAGCUUCGACGCUGGAUUCGGCUAUAUCAACCCCAGGGGCGCCUCCAGUCAGUCACGAGCAGCUCAUGACGAGUGUGCCCAGCCACUUCAGUCCGCACCCCCAUUCGAGCCACUCGAUCCACACCCAUGGCCAUGGCCAUCAACAGCAGCAGAGUUGGCCCACUCGCCAUUAUUCCACAGGGUCCUGGUAUGCAGCUCCUCUGAAUGGCAGCGAAUUAGUUCCGUCUUCAGGUGUUAUCUCUGUGACUGGCUAUGGAAACGGUGGCCUGACCGCUGCUCCAGGUCUGGUUCCGGGACAUCCGUUGACCCCACCAAGUGAUCUCAUCAAUAUUGGGGGCCCAAGCGCUCGUUUGGGCAACUGCACCAUUUCCCCAGACGAUGUAAUGCUGAAAAAGGAGCUCGAUGGACACCAAUCAGAUGAAACUGGUUCAGGCGAAGGAGAUAACUCAAAUGGUGGUGCCUCCAACAUAGGAACGAGUGAAGAUGAUCAGGCUAGAUUAAUUUUAAAAAGGAAAUUGCAAAGGAACCGAACAUCAUUUACAAAUGACCAGAUUGACAGUCUAGAAAAAGAGUUUGAAAGAACACAUUAUCCGGACGUCUUUGCCCGCGAACGAUUGGCUGGAAAGAUAGGUUUGCCCGAGGCAAGGAUACAAGUCUGGUUUUCGAAUCGACGGGCCAAGUGGCGUCGUGAAGAGAAAUUACGAAAUCAGCGGCGAACGCCAAACUCAACCGGCACAAAUGGAACAUCAUCCUCGACCUCGGCAACAACAUCUUUAACUGACAGUCCCAAUAGCCUAGGCGGUUGCUCUUCACUAUUGGCUGGCUCUGCAGGAAGUGGACUGAAUGGCUUAGCAUCGCCGAAUCCAAUAGCAACGCCAACUGGCGGGUCUGAAACUUCGGAUGCACACCACACAGCCUCAGGAGGUGCUCAUAUUCGAUCUGGAACGCAUAACAUAGGCAAUGCAUGUUCACCAGGACUAGGAAUUGCUGACCAACGGCAUCAGCACCAUCAUCACGUUCCUCCUCACACACUCGUCCCGUCCAUUUCACCGCGCCUCAACUUCAACAGUGGCUUCAGCAGUUCGAUGAGCGCAAUGUAUACGAAUAUGCACCACAAUGCGAUAUCAAUGAGUGAAGGUUACGGAUCUGUGUCCUCGAUGCCAAACUUCGGCCAUCCAACAGUGGGUUCCUUGGCACCUCCUUCGCCAAUUACGCAACAAAGAGAUUUGACACCGCCAUCCAUGUAUCCGUGCCACAUGCCUCUACGGCCUCCGCCAAUACCACCACACCAACUAGUUGGUGUGGGAAGUGCCACAAAUGACAGUGCCGGCGUCAGCAGCAGUCCACUCCAAUCCAAUCCACAUGCUGCGUCCGGAACUGUGGCCAGCAACAAUGCAAUCGGAUACGAAUCUCUUUCGGCUUACAGUUUGCAGCCCCCGCCACCAGCAAGCACAGCUGCGAAUCAUAUUCCCUCUGGCCAUCAUCCCAGCAUGGAGGCUCGCCAAGCUACUUGUAGCCCAAGUCUAAUGAAUAGUGGCGGCUCAGUUCAUGGGGUGGGUCAUGGAUCGGGAUUUGGGAGCGAGAGUAUUUCACCUGCUUUGCCUUCCUACGCACACAUGAGCUAUAACUAUGCGGCAGCGGCCAGUGGUGUGGCAUCCUCUGGAGGUGCCAAUCCGGCUGCUGCCAUUAAUUCGCACGGAUCGGGAAAGCAGCAGUUUUUUGCGUCUUGCUUUUACUCUCCUUGGGCUUAAGUGCAAGUACGGCAGAUUUACAGUGGAAAACUAAUCAAAAAAAAAAACAACUUUCAUGCCCCAAAAAAGUAGUCAACUGCAUCUUUCAUAUCGAGCCAGCACUUCGGAGACCCAAAAAUCGAAUUUACAUAUCUUUCAAUAAAUACUUCAAAUCACUGAUUUAAGCAUGAAGGUUGUAGUAAAGUGCAUAUGUAUAUUUCCGCCCAAGGAUUCCACCAAUUAUCACAGUAAUUGGUGUGAUUAAAUAAUAUAAAUUUGAGAAAAAAAAAACAAA